CAACUCCUGUGCCCCUUAUAGGACCCCACUCCGUUGGCGGACCCUCUGCCCUAGUCUGUUCUUAAGUUGUGCACUUAAAAUAAUCCGCGAUUUUUCUUCUAGCAUGGAAGGCGGCCGGUGAAAUGAAUCAGGAAGAAAUUGGAACAGAGGCGAAUACCUACCUAAGGCACAAUAACAAACAUCAUUCGGACAAAGGAAGAUUGGAUUGUCAAAUUUAAAGAGAUGGGCGAAAGAACAAACGUACGCUAUACGCCAUUGCCUACAGAUGAUACCCAACAACAGCAAAAUCAACGAAGACGCUCAUUCGUAUCAGCUGGCAAUCGAUAUGGAGGAAGAGAAGAUGAUGACAAUGACAGUAAUUAUGAUAUACGCUUCGAUUAUAUGCCUAAACAGAAGAUCCCAUGGAAAUCUAUAGCCCUUGCCUUAUUCUUGCUUGCCUUUGGCUCUUCUCUCUUAAUUGUAUCUCAUCUCAUCUUCACUGGUCAUAUGGGUGGCGAUAACUCUCAGGCGUUUGGAUUUUUGACGAUUGGGUUCCUCAUGUUCCUGCCCGGGUUUUAUGAGACCAGGAUAGCAUAUUAUUCAUGGAGGGGCUGUAAGGGCUUCACAUUUGCUCAUAUACCUGAUUAUUAAGUGUGAAUAGUUGUUUAAAAGUUGUAUUUUAUAUUCAUAUUUUUGUACUCUUUGUUAAAUAUAGAGAAAUCAUGAAUAAUAUUGAUUUCUUUGUUAUCUGGAGGUAAGUGGUUGUAAACAUGGAAGAAUAGCAAGAUGGUUUUAACAUGCCAUACAUUAUGUCUCAUUUUGUUGUAUAAUAUUUCAAUGUUAUUGGUGACGAUGGAAAACUAAAAUAGAAGACAAGUAUUACCACCUUAAUGUACCUACUCAUCCAUUCCAAGCAACAAAACAAACAUUUAUGCUC